AAACUAAAAAAUAAUUGUAAAAUCAUAAAACAAAAAAUUAUCACUUUAAUUAUUAAUUUACUACGAAUUUAUAAUUAUGUUUUAGUCCUUCCACUUAAUUGCAAUUUCCUCUUUUUUCUCAGUCCUAGCCACAUGUAAUGCCCAGAAGCAGAUAAUAAAGGAAAUUGCGGCAGCGCUUGUAUUGGGUCCCCAGCCCAAAUAUCUGGUGGUGGUGGGUGGAUCUGAAAUGUCGUCGCCACUCUCAAACAUUGUACCAAACGAGUCCUUUUCAAACUAACCGGUUUUCACUGUGCCUUCUCUUAUACCUUUCCAAUCAAUUUCGACUACGGCUCUGAAUGUUGAACACUUUUCAGAGCAGAUCUUUUCUUUCCAUUCAUGGGUUUUGCAGUGCUCGAGUUUUCCUCAAUUGGGUUCUGUUUGAUUUUUCAUUCUCUUCCUCUUACUAUGAUUUGAUUGUACAGAGCACAUGAAAGUUUGUUUCUUGUUCUUUAAUAUGCUCUUUUCAUCUACAUAUUAUUAGUUUCAAUCCUUCAUAUUUGACCUGUUAUUCUUUUUGUUGUUUUUCUUUCUUUCUUUCUUUUAUUUAUUUAUUAAUAACUUGAUUUUUGCGUCUGGGUUUUGAGUUCAAGCCCUCGUCAUUUGUUCUGAAUUUAUAAUUGUUUUUACUUCAAGAUUUUGAUCAAUUGUAACUGAAGGAAAAUUCAAGUUUUGUUCUGGAAUUUUUGAGAGAGAGAGAAUGGAUUUAUGGGUUGUUGCAGCAGCAGCUGGAGCUGGGUAUUUAGCCAAGUAUUGGCAAAACUUGUCUGGGGAAAAUGGGUUAUCAGAUGGGAAUUCAAUUCGUAGGCAAUCCAAAUCCCAAUAUUUGCUUCAGCAGAUGCAGGACCAAAAUACUCCAUUCUGCGGAUCGGUGCGAAAAGGAUUGGGAGGAGAUGUUUCUUUAGGGGGAGAACAUGAUGAAUCAGUUUCAGAUUGGACGUUUCAUGAAUUGGACCGACAUGGUGGUAGUUUGGCAGCUGGAAAUGCAUCUACAAGUGACAGUGAUGCUAAAGUUUUGGCAAAUGUAGGGAAUUAUGAGAAUUACAAUGUGCUUAUGACGAAGAAUUUUCCACCAGGAUUCCAAGGAAAAGAAAUUUUUCAGGGCAAUGCGAUUGGAAUUGGUGAAAAGAAUGAGGGUUUUGACAAUUUUGGUGAUGCUUUACUGGGAUUUGAGACCUAUAGAUUAGCAAAGAGCAAGCCUCUUAAAAGUAGAAGGUCUCGCGAGUUUUCUGUUAAACCGUUGAACCCUUUAGAAAGUUACCUCACUGCUCAGCUGUAUAGAGAGCAGGCUCAAAAGGAUGAGUUUGAGUAUAGUUCAGUUCCAUCACCACUUACACCAACAGUGAGGCCAUUGUUGGUAACUGAUGGGAACCGCAUAAUUAGCGGAGAUUUUAGUGAUUCAUUUGGUUAUAAGCUUAAGAACAAAGGUCGGAUUUCCUUAGAAGAGGAUAGUAAUACAUUGUUGGGAACCAAUUCAUCUCAAGUAAUUGGAUUGGUGGAGCUCCCGAGGAAACCGGAACAAAGGCGUGGAAAGAGGCAGUUGAGCAGUUCCAACACAGGGUUACCUGGUGGACCAUUUCAUUCACAAGGUUCACCCAAUGGAAUGCUUCUCUUCUUCAUUGGGAUCACUAUUGGCAUGAUGUCUGCGGUUGUAGCAAAUAAAAGAGAAGUGGACAACCUAAAUGAACUGUUGAAGCAGACUGAGAAUUUGGUUCGAGAUUUGCAUGAGGAGAUUGAGAUGAAAGAUAUGCUAACUGUGAAGGAGCUUGCUAGUGAAGAUAUUCAAUUCCAAUUCCAGGAAACAAUUGAUUGCUCCCGCAAUCGGGAACCAAUUUCAUCUUCCUCUAAAGAGGAAUUCACAACACACAAAAGCAAAGAGCCAGAUGAUCGGAAAGUAGAGAACCAUGAGUUAAUGAGUGAAAUUGAGGCGGAGCUUGAAGCUGAACUGGAGAGGUUAGAACUAAACAUGAAAGCAUCUACUUCGGAGAGGAUAUCAGAUUUUGUUGAGCUCGAUCCGGACUUUGAAGCAGACGUGGUUCAAGGAGACUUGAAAGUAUAUGCGAUGCAACCACACGGUGGCCAACCUGAAUCAGACUCCGAUUCAAGUGGGACCUCCACCGAUCACCCUCAUACUGCAAACUAUGCAGUUUCACCUCGGGAGCUGAGCUUGUGCCUUCACGAGCUAAUUGAAUCAAGGCUCGAAGCACGCAUCAAGGAGCUCGAGGCAGCACUUCAAAACAGCCAAAAGAGAGUGAAUUCUCUUGAAUGGCAACACAUAGCUUCUCAGAGAGGUUUGGCCUAUGGCGAAUUAGGAUCUUCAUCUACUCCAGAAAGUCCGACCCUUGUAAAUGAAGUCAAUGAGAUGUACAACGAGGCUUAUGGGGAGAUAAUCAGGGUGACAGAUACUGAUCAAGAUACCCCAGAAGUGGUAUGUAACGAUAACCGUGUUGAGAGAGAUACGUCUUGGUCUGAUAGAAGACUUUUUGAGGAUCAAAGUAGAGAAAGAUGGUCAAGAAGGUUGGUUCAUGGGAAAACAGGGGCGUGGGAUGAGCGGAUUGAAAGAAGUCGUGGAUUGUUUGAGGUUGUUGAGAGUGAAGAUGAAGAUGAUGAUGAGUUUUUGAUCAGACAAAUUGUGGAGAAAACCAGGCAAGGUUCUUCUUUUUAGUUUUGAAUGCUCAUCUGAUGAUGUACUCUAUGGAUGAAUGUGACAAAAGAAAUAUAUGAAUGAAGAAGAUAAAAAAUAUAGAAAGUAAAAAAGAAAGAAUAUCUUGUACAGAGAUUCAUUAGAAAAUGCAAUGAUUGGUAGAUAGAAAGAUGGAUAUGUUUGUAAGUAUUCGGAAUUUACUAUGCAAAAUGGGCCUAAAGAAAGUAAUUUCAUUUUUGUCCCCUAAA